AUGGGGAAUCAUCAAGCUCAUCACCAGAAUAUGAUGCACGUUAUUCGAGAACCUCAAGAAACGCGACGCCUCGGGUUCAUUUCGCGGAAACGACAGAAAUUGGAAGAGCUCAGAUGUCGACGCCAAUCCAUGCCUUCCACUCAACUUCAGGCCACAACGGUAGGUGGGGGAGGGGGAGUUGUUUUUUAUCUUGUUUUUUAAAUUUUAAAAUUAAAAAGAAUUAUUUAUAGCUUUAGGGUAGGGUAGGCGUCUGUAGACAAUGUUCAAAAAUCUUUACUUAACUUUUGAGCUUUUCCUUAUUUACUUGGCGGAUGUUCGUUAUUCUAAUUACGAUUCCAAAGAUGUUUGUUUUUUUCAUUUCCUCGUUUUACAUUAGCGUUUUGUACCAAUGUGCAUAACAAACGUUCCAGUCAGCGUCAACUAGUCUCUAAAAUAAGCAAACUUAAGGUUUAAUUAGGGAAUUUCCGAGCCUAAACUAACUUGAACUGACUGGCCUUGUUUUCUAGACUGUUUUAUGUGUUUAGACUGCUUUUGCUUGUUGGACUGCCCACUUUUUUGAAUGGUCAAAAAUGUUUACAGUGGUUUUAUAUAAAGCAGACGGUUUUUGCUGGCAUUUGGUUUAGAAAGAGUUCAGUCAAAUUAGGGCUGUAGGCAGUGCUAUAUGAACAGAUCGUUUUGUUUUUUAGGUAUAAUUUUUUAAAAAUAAAGAGUUGGCUUACUGAUUGUUUUUUGGAUAUAUUGAGCAUGAAAUAUAGAUCAAAUUGAUAUCAAUAUAAAAAAAAGAAUAGAUAGUUUUUAAGGUUCAGUGUUUAGUUUUUUGAUACUGUUUUAGGCAAUUAGAUAAUUUCCAAUACAUUUUUCUACAUUUAGUAUAAAGCCAGCCGGUUAAAUGUUUAAAAGGGCAGUUUGUUUAGUUUUUCCAAAACAGUCAAUUUGUGUUAGGUUCAUUUUGCUAAAACGCCUUCGGAAUUUCAGAACCCGCGGCACGAUAAUUUCCAUUCUCUUUCAUUCGGUGACGACUCCCAAACACCUCGUAUUCAAAUUAACGGCCAAGACAGUGUGGAAUCGGAAGAGAAUCCUCUAGAACUUCACUGUCCCAAUUGUGGCAAUUACUGUGAGAACUAUAAGAACUGUACCAACUGUACCAGUUCAGCGGACGAACACCAAAACGGCCGAAGGUAUACUAAGUUUUGCGACCAUAAAAAUUGUGCCAAUUGUACUAGCUACCCCAACAAUCAAAGAAGGUGCUCCAAGUGUACCAACUGUACUAAUAACUACGACAACUUUGAAGAUCACGAAAACUCUCCAAGCACGUCAACUCCACCAUCACGACGACAAUCUGACCAUCUGCUACAGAAGAUCUCUCCAUCGUACACUUGUGUAUCCAUAGAUUCAGCCGAAGGAAUGAAGGAUCAGAAUCAGAACACGCCCGUGAAGAAGCAUCGCUUCAUUCGGAAUCCCAAGACUGCUGCUACACGAAGAAUGGAGUUUUUGUCGUUUAGCAACAACUUUGCAGCUCGAUCUUUAGAUGAAGGAGCUCACUUCGAAGCGCAGAAGAUUGAGUAUGAGCUGGACAUUAAGCCGUUGAGCCAUCGUGCACGAUCGUUGAGUCCAUUGAAGCAGUUGAGGACUUAUUCUAGUCGACAGUUUCCUUCUGAUGAAAGUGUUUUGACUUCGGAAGUAAGUAUUAUUGGCUUGUUUAAAUAUUUCUGUGCUUUUUAACUUCGAAAAUUUGCUUUGAGAGAGGCACAGAAUUAUUUGAACUAGCUAAUAUUAUUGUCUUAUAUAAUAAAAAAAUUAAGAUUAGCUACGUAUUUUACAUAUUUUCAUAACGUUAUCUAUUACCUGCAUUACCUUUACUUAAAUUUUUCAGCACUGCGCCUUCAUAAAAGUCUCAUGGAAGAUGGCAAUGGAGAGGAUUCAGACCACUAAUCAGCCAUCGUUCGGGUUUCUUUGUAUGAAGCGAAUCUUGGAAAAGAUGCCAGAACUAAAACAAGUCUUCAAAGUGUCAGACAUCAACACCGCCGACCGAUUACCAACAGAUCAUACCUUCGCCAGACAUGUUGGGUUAGUGCAGUCUAUCUUGGAUCUUGCGGUAGGUAUAAUCACAGUUUUCAACGUAUUACCAACUUUUUAAUGUAAAGAAGAGACAUAUAAGGUCAUUUUUGAUUAAAGUAAAGUAUUUUACGUUACUUUUAUGAUUUAGUUUGAUGAGAAUAUUUAGCCCGAUUUUUAAGAUUACGGUAAUUACUAGACAAAUAAAGGUCAAAGAGGGCCAAAUGCUUUUUUUAGAUGGAAUCUUUAGUUUAUUUUUAUAAUACUGUAUAUCUAAUGAAUUCAAAGUACAAAUCUUGUAUUUUUGGCUGCAUUUUUGAUUGUCGUCUACACUUUACUGUAAUGUACUAUAGUAGGUGAUGAGAAACAUUAUAACACAUUAAUUGUUUUAAUAAAAUAAUUUUUAGGUAAGAAAUGUUGAACAAUUGGAAACAGAAAUAGCACCAGCUUUGUUCACGUAUGGCAAACGACAUUAUCAACACAAUUUGGUACGUUUAACAAAUAAUUGAUAUUUUGAAAUAAAAAAAAAUUAAAAUAUAAUAUAAACACCUUUUUGUAACGUAAUGUAAUGUCAUCUUUGCACUAUACUUCAAGCUUGACUAUCAAACCUUACCUAUCAUUUCAGGCCAGCACAUUCAACGAAGCAACGAUACGCUUGUUCUGUGGCCAAGUAGUGUGCACCAUGUUGGACGUGCUAUCCGAUCGGUUGACAACUGACAGUAUGGAAGCGUGGAUUGAGCUGAUGAGAUAUCUAGGUCGAGUAUUGUACAAUGGAUUCGAGUAUGAACGAUUGGCCAAGACCAAAAAGUUCGCUAUCAAUACGAAGGAUCACGCUUACUUCUUGGCGUAG